CAGAGGCUCGUGCGCUACGCCUGGGCUCUCUCCACUAUAUUCAACACAACGACGUCUCCGCGCGCUCAAUCUGGGGUUUCAAGCCUUAAAACCACCUCGUAGCAUCACCGUGGGCUGCCGAAACAAACCGUCGCAAAGCAGGCUGGACUCUGUCCCCUGAGAUGUUACUGAGCAACGAGGAUGGAUCAAAGGACAAAAUUGCAACGGUGAUGAACUGUACACCACCCUCCAGAAACCACCGCAACCACUCCAACUGACACAGCUAUGCCUCGCCUGCCCUCCUGAUUCCUCUCGCUAGUCUCUUCAUCUUCCCCCAGUCCAAUCAAAGUCACUGCAGCUCUUCCAAGUCCCUGUCCAGUCAGCAUGGCUACACCUUUCCUGUGGAAACUGUCAUCCCAAAAGCUGGGCUUCUUUCUUGUCAGCUUCGGCUUCAUCUGGGGCAUGAUGCUGCUGCAUUUCACCAUCCAGCAGCGAGCUAGCCACGAGAACAGUGCCGUGCUGCGUCAGCAGAUCCUCGACCUCAGCAAGCGAUACAUCAAAGCGCUGGCUGAGGAGAACCAAAGUGUCAUGGAUGGACCGUAUGUGGGAACCAUGACAGCUUAUGACUUGAAGAAGACUCUUGCAGUCCUGCUGGAUAACAUCAUGAUGAGGCUGGGCAAGCUCGAGUCCAAGGUGGAGAACCUCUACAAUGGCACAGGGUCCAACCUGAGCAAUGGCACCAGCACUAUUACGCCCAGCGCUCCAAACUCGGAAAAAGUCAACGUGGCAGACCUCCUAAAUGGAGCCCAGGAGAAGUGUGAGCUGCCGCCUUUGGAUGGCUUCCCUCACUGCGAGGGCAAACUCAAGUGGAUGAAGGAGAUGUGGCGCUCUGAUUCCUGCUAUGCCAACUACGGCGUGGAUGGAUCCACCUGCUCCUUCUUCAUCUACCUUAGCGAGGUGGAGAACUGGUGUCCUCGUCUGCCCUGGAGAGCCAAGACCCUGAAUGAAGAAAUGGACCAGAGAGGCCAGGCGGAGAUCCGGACCAGUUUCGAGGAGCUUUACCGGAUGAUGUCACAACGGGAGGAGUUCCGCUGGAUGAUGCUGAGGAUCAAACGCAUGGCUGAGCCGUGGGUCAGCGCCAUCCGCUCGCUGGCUGCCAAGCAGAACCUGGGGAAGCGGCGGAAGAAGAAGAUCCUGGUCCACUUGGGCCUGCUGACCAAGGAGUCUGGCUUCAAGAUUGCAGAAAAUGCUUUCAGCGGGGGCCCGCUGGGCGAGCUGGUCCAGUGGAGUGACCUCAUCACCACGCUGUACCUGCUGGGCCACAACAUUCGCAUCUCUGCUUCCCUCAAUGAGCUCAAAGAGAUCAUGCGAAAGGUUAUGGGAAACAAAUCUAGCUGCCCCACCCAGGGCGAUAAGGUGGUAGAGCUUAUAUACAUCGACAUCGUGGGUCUCACCCAGUUUAAGAAGACACUGGGACCUUCCUGGGUCCACUACCAGUGCAUGUUGCGGGUGCUGGAUUCAUUUGGGACGGAACCGGAGUUCAACCACGCCCACUACGCCCAGUCCAAGGGUCACAAGACGCCCUGGGGGAAAUGGAACCUCAACCCGCAGCAGUUCAACACCAUGUUUCCUCACACCCCAGACAACAGUUUCCUGGGCUUUGUUGUGGAGCAGCACCUCAACGCCAGUGACAUCAAGCACAUCGACGACGUUAAGAGACAGAAUCAGUCACUAGUCUACGGCAAGGUUGACAACUUCUGGAAGGACAAGAAGAAGUACCUGGACAUCAUUCACAGCUACAUGGAGGUUCACGGCACCGUGCACGGCACCAGCACCGUGCACCUCCCGAGCUACGUUAAGAACCACGGCAUUCUGAGCGGUCGAGACCUGCAGUUCCUCCUGAGAGAAACGAAGUUGUUUGUGGGUCUGUCCUUCCCCUACGAGGGUCCAGCACCCCUGGAGGCCAUCGCCAAUGGCUGUGCCUUCCUCAACCCCAAAUUCAACCCUCCGAAGAGCAGCAAGAACACGGACUUCUUCAAGGGCAAACCCACCCUGAGAGAGCUGACCUCUCAGCACCCGUAUGCCGAGGUGUACAUAGGUCAGCCCCACGUCUGGACGGUGGAUAUUGACAACUCUGCCGAGGUGGAGAGGGCCAUCCGCUCCAUCCUCAGCCAGAAGAUUGAGCCCUACCUGCCUUACGAGUUCACCUGUGAGGGGAUGCUGCAGAGAGUGAACGCCUUCAUUGAGAACCAGGACUUCUGUCAUGGCCAGGUCAUGUGGCCUCCUCUCAGCGCCCUCCAGGUGAAGCUGGCCGAGCCCGGGCACUCCUGCAAGCAGGUCUGUCAGGAGGAGCAGCUCAUCUGUGAGCCCUCCUUCUUCCAGCACCUCAACAAGGACAAAGACCUGGCCAGGUUUGGUGUGGACUGUCAGACGGUGGAGUCCAGCGGCGACACCGUUGUCCCGGCGUACAGCGAGACUCGCCACCACUGCAUCUUCCAGUCGGACCUGCUGCUGUUCAGCUGCGCCGGCGCCCAUCCGACAUUGCGGCGCAUCUGCCCCUGCCGUGACUACAUGAAGGGCCAGGUGGCGCUAUGUAAAGACUGCCUAUAGCAGCAGCACCCAGGCUGACAGAGGG